CUGAGAAUACUCAGUACAAGUACCUCAAAAGUACAGUACCCGAGUAAAUGUACUUUGUUACUAUGCACCACUGACAAGACUAACUUUCUCUGUUUUUGCAUGUGAGAUCUUUUAUACAACAUAUUAUACGCAGAAAUAAAAAAUGUCAGGGUUUCAGAGGGAGAACUGACUCAGAAACGAGUUACUCUAUUAAAAUACAAAUUGUACUUAGUUUUCUGCAUUUUAAAGACAGACUGAAGAGCGUGUACACCUUUGCAUUGCUAAAAGGAACAAGAACAAACUGUAAGUAGCUCAGAAGGGUGUCACCAGUCCCCACAAUUGGCCCUGCACGCAUCAAGAAGUUAUCAGUAGAGACAGGAAGGCCUCUCACCAAACUUAUUAACACUCAAACCGACAUGAUGAAAUCGAAACACAGGAAACAGAAGUAGCUUUUACAUUUCCUCUACAGAGAGAGCAUAAUUAACUGACGAAAUAGAAAAUGAAUGGCUGCACCGACGAACAAGAAUAACCAGCCUUUAAAGACAACACACACCUCCUGAAGGACUGAACACACACAUAAGCUGUGGUGCCUGGUCAUGUUGGAGGAGAGGAAGAAACAUGAGGAAAGGAGCAGUCAAGUUUCUCAACAAUAAAUUCUAAACGGCAAUUCUGGAUGAAGAUCGAAGACGUAUAGAGGACAUGUCGAAUAAAUAUUGGGGACACUUUCUCCCAACGAUAGGCGACACACCUGGAGAAGAUCUCUGGAAGGGCGUCUCUACUCUUCCCCUUCACAUGGCUGCAACUUACAGGAGAGCAGCGAGCCUGCAGAGCCUGCUGACAGCCGGAGAAGACCCUGAAAUAAGGGACCAGCUCGGUCGGACUACUCUGCAUUUAGUGAUCGCAAGUUGGCCGAGCAUCAACCCAAAACCCGGCUCCAGGUUCCAGGCGGCUGUGAGCGGAGAGAGGAGAGGGGCAGAAACCUGUCUGCGGCUCCUCUGUGAGCACGGGGUUAACCUCAAUGCAGAGGUGAAACAUGUUCACAAAACAGAUCAAUGUUCCACAUCUUUUUGUAGAAAGGGAUAUUAUGGAAGUUUUGAAGUUGGGUAGGUACUUUUCAAUAGUUCAUUUAUUACCUGCACUAGAUCAGAAUCAGAAUCAGAAACAGAAACAGGUUUAUUACCAGGUAGGUUUACACAUACGAGGAAUUUGGCUUGGUGUCAUGGUGCAUAAAAA